AUGAACGCUGGUUUUCAACUUGAACAUGAAAAUCCUAAACAGAAUGCAAACUGCAUUUCUAAAUUAUUUUUCGCCUGGAUGAUAAAGCUAUUUUAUAAAGGAACUCAGAAAGGAUUGGAGGUCGUGGAUUUAUAUAAAGCGUUAGACUGCGACAAGUCAUCUUACGUAGGGGACAAACUAGAAAAAAAUUGGGACGAUGAAGUAAAGAAAGCCAAAUUAAAAGGUUCUAAGCCCAGCUUGAUGAGGGCAUUGAUCAAAACAUUUAUCUGGAAAUACAUGUUAUGUGGAUUGUUGCAGUUCAUACAAAUGGUUGUCUUAAGAUCAGUGCAACCGGUUAUUUUGGCGUAUUAUAUCAGCUUGUAUGCGAUAUCUGAAGACAGGGCAGAUAAAACAGAUCAAAUGUAUAUUUCUGGAGCGGGUAUAGUGGCGAUUUCAAUUUUGGUGUGUUUUUUAAUGCACCAUACAAAUUUUGCAAUAUCGGCAAUUGGAAUGAGAAUUAGAAUAGCCGCCUCUUCUCUAAUUUAUAGAAAGAUCACGAGAUUAAACCAACAAUCAUUGGGUAAAACUGCGACAGGACAAGUCGUUAAUUUAUUAUCAAAUGAUGUAAAUCGCUUCGAUUUAGUAAUUCUAUUUUUACACUAUGUGUGGAUUAUGCCUUUCCAAGUGGCAUUAAUAACAUAUUUCAUUUGGCGAGAAGUUGGAAUCUCUUCAUUAGCUGGUGUUGUGUCCAUGGCUCUGUUCACUUUACCAGUACAAGGAUAUCUUGGAAAACUGACGGGAAAAUUAAGACUGAAGGUGGCAAAUAAAACUGAUACCAGAGUAAAGUUAAUGAGUGAAAUUAUAUCUGGAAUACAAGUAAUAAAAAUGUAUGCGUGGGAAAAACCAUUCGAACAAGUCAUAAAAUUGGCUAGAGGAACUGAAAUUAAUUCCCUUACGAAAACUUCCUACCUAAGAGCAAUUUUUUCUAGUUGCAACGUAUUUAUAGAAAGAACCACAUUGUUCUUAACCGUCAUAUGUUUUGUUUUAUUAGGAAACAUCAUAUCAGCUGACAAAGUGUUCUCUAUGGCACAAUUUUUCAACAUUCUUCAGCUGGCUAUGGCUAUCAUAUAUCCCAUGGCUAUCAGCUACGGAGCAGAAGCUUGGGUUUCUGUUAAAAGACUGCAAGAAUUUCUAAUUCUCGAUGAGAAACAACAAGCAAACAUUGAAAGUCACAAUGAGAAGGAAAUUCAAAUUACUAACGUAUCCGCAUCUUGGGUCCCUAACGUACCUGUUUUGAAAAAUAUAGACAUACAUAUUCCUCCAAACACCCUUUGUGCAAUCGUAGGACCUGUAGGUGCCGGAAAAUCAUCAAUACUGCAGCUCAUUCUGGGUGAACUGCCACAAACAUCGGGAAGAAUCUAUCUUGGAGGAAAAAUUUCAUAUUCAUCGCAAGAACCUUGGCUAUUCGGAUCCACUGUCCGGAACAAUAUACUAUUCGGACAACCUUACAACAAAUUCCUUUACCAAAAAAUCGUCCAUGUAUGCGCACUGCAGAAAGAUUUUGAACAGUUUCCUGAGGGAGACAAAACUGUUGUGGGGGAAAGAGGAGUAUCCCUUAGUGGCGGACAAAGGGCUAGAAUCAACCUCGCCAGGGCAGUUUACCGUCAAGCUGAUAUUUAUAUAAUGGACGAUCCGUUAUCGGCAGUGGAUACGCAUGUUGGGAGACAUCUUUUCAAUGAAUGUAUAGUCAAUUAUUUGAAAGACAAAACACGAAUUCUUGUUACGCAUCAACUACAGUAUUUGAAGAAAGCAGAUCUCAUAAUUGUUAUUAAUGAAGGUAAAAUAGAAGCCCAAGGAACAUUCGACGAGCUUUCGAACAGUAAAAUGGAUUUCACAAAACUGUUGGCAGUUGCUGAUGAAACUACGGAAAAAACAGUUGAGAAGCAUCUAGACGAGCACAUUAUCGGAUUGAUAGAUCCACGCAGAACAUCUGUACUGUCCAUUGCCAAUAGUACUCUCUCAGAAACUAUAGAAAUAGCCCAAGCCGUGGAAAAUGAGGAAGAAAGUGGGGGAAAUAGUGGAAUUUCACCGUUUAAGGAGUAUUUCAAAGCAGCUGGAAACAUAUGCCUCAUCAUAAUUCUGUUAACUUGCAUAAUUCUCUCACAGGCUGCUUGUACCGGAGCAGAUUUUUGGGUGGCAUUUUGGACUGGGCAAGAAGAAAUCAGACAUUCGAAUAAUUCUAUAUUAUUAAGGAAUUCGUUACAGCAACCAAUACUAGAAACUAUAGAAGUGUACGACACAGCCAGUUCAGGAGCAGAUUCAUCCUAUUAUACAUACACUAUAGAAAAGAAUCAAACAAGAGCAUUUAGUGACAUAUUCGAUUCAGUUCAAGUUGAUAAUAUCACCCACAAUCUAGUCAAGACAGAUGUGGCGAUGUAUUUUUAUGGCGGCUUAAUAGUUGCUGCUAUAGUUAUCACGUUAGCGCGUGCUCUUCUAUUCUUUAAAAUCGCCAUGAGAGCUUCUAAAAGGUUGCACUCGAAGAUGUUCCACGCUUUGUUAAAGGCUCCGAUGAGAUUUUUUGAUACAAAUCCCAGCGGGAGAGUUCUUAACAGAUUCUCAAAGGACAUGGGAGCAAUCGAUGAAAUAUUGCCGAGGGUUCUGUGGGAUGCAGUUCAGAUUGUUCUAGUUAUGAUCGGUAUUUUGAUCAAUGUUGGUAUCUCUAACCAAUACAUGAUUAUAGCUAUGGUUGUACUGGGUGCAGUAUUUUUAAAAAUAAGGUCUUGGUACAUAGCAACUGCCAGAGAUGUUAAACAUUUGGAAGGCAUAACAAAAUCCCCCGUAUUUUCUCACAUCAGCUCAACUCUGAAUGGAAUAAUAACUAUCAGAGCAUCGAAAGCAGAAGAAGUUUUAAUAAACGAGUUUGACUAUCAUCAAGAUAUUCACACCUCAGCUUGGUAUUUAACAAUCACAUGUGUCGUUUCCUUCGGACUUUGGUUGGACAUUAUCUGUGUAAUAUUCGUAGCAUGUGUUGUAUUCAGCUUCGCCAUUAUGCAAACUCUUUCCAUAGUCAGUGGAAGUUUAGUAGGAUUAGCCGUAUCACAAUCGUUGGUCUUAACUGGCAUGCUCCAACAUGGCAUGAGGCAAACUGCAGAAGUAAUAAAUCAAUUAACAAGCGUUGAGAGAGUGUUGCAGUAUACUACGAUAGACACUGAAGGGCCAUUCGAAACUCCACCAGGUAAAAUGCCGGCGCUGCCGUGGCCCAAUCAAGGAUUGAUUGAAUUUAUCAAUCUCUCCUUGAAGUAUAUUGCGGACGAUCCUCCAGUUUUGAAGAACUUAAACUUCACUAUCUAUCCAGGAGAGAAGAUUGGAAUAGUCGGACGAACUGGAGCUGGAAAAUCAUCGCUUAUAGCGGCCCUUUUCCGGCUGGCGCCAUUAGAAGGAACUAUAUUGAUAGAUGGAGUAGACACACAACAGCUUGGUUUAAAUGAUUUGAGGAAGAGAAUAUCCAUUAUACCCCAGGAACCAGUACUAUUCUCAGCAACCCUCAGAUAUAAUUUGGAUCCGUUUAAGGAAUUCCAAGAUACUGAACUCUGGAAUGCACUUGAUGAAGUUGAGCUUAAAGAAGCUGUUAGCUCCUUAGACUUUUUGAUAGCUGAAGGUGGAAGUAACUUCAGCCUGGGGCAAAGGCAACUCAUAUGUUUGGCAAGAGCUAUUUUAAGAAAUAGCAAGGUGUUGGUGUUAGAUGAAGCUACUGCGAAUGUCGACCCAAGAACCGAUUCCUUCAUUCAAGCCACUAUUCGUCGAAAGUUCAAACACUGCACCGUUUUGACGAUAGCUCACAGACUAAAUACUAUAAUGGAUUCGGAUAAAGUGAUGGUUAUGGCGGGCGGAUCGAUGUUAGAAUUUGAUCACCCGCACAGUUUAUUGCAAACACCCGAGGGACCCUUCCACAAAAUGGUUUUGGAGACUGGACCAACAAUGUCAAUACAAUUGAAAGAUAUUGCACAGGAAGCCUACAAACAAAAAAAGAACUUGUAAUAUCUGAAGUCAUUGCAGUUGCUUGGGAGUGACAAUGUCACAUUAAGUGCUGUUUUAUCUGAAUUUUGUAUAUAUUAUAUUAUAGUUUUACUUGCAUUUUGUACAUAUUUACCAUCGAAUAUCAUUAGAAAUAAUUGUACACAUAAUUUGUCAUUUCCUCAAAUAAAUAUUUCAAGUGUAAA